UCUCAUCUCUCAGCUGUUUGCAUUUAUUUUUCAUACAAAGACACUGUCAUAAAAAAUAAAGCAGAAGAAAAUUGAGAGAGUCGGCUGUCAAACUAGAUGUCUCCCGUUAUUUAUUUAGGGGCUGUUGACGGGUACUCUUAACGGGGUUCCUUAUUUGGUGAUAUUUUCAACAGCUACGCAAGGAACUGAAGUAUGGCACAUGACUCUCCCCUGUCUCUCAAGUAUUUUUACAUCUACAACUCGAGCUAUGGUCAGAAGGAGGGGGAGGAGGCGCAGAAAAUCCUCUACUAUUAUCCUACGAAAACAGAUUUGGAUUCGCAAAUUAAAAACGUGGGACUCACAGAGGCCAUAAUUAAAUUCACAGAAACAUUUAAUUGCAACCAGCAAUGUGAAUCAUUGCAUACUCAAAAGACAAGGCAACUCUACUAUCAACCAGAAGACGGAUUUUGGAUGGUCUUGGUUCUAACUGUCCCUACCGCAACCAAAACAAAAGAAGGCAUUGACCACCUUGAGUAUCAGAGUGAUGAAGUUCAAGACAAUAUCUACUGGGCAGUUUUAAAACAGGCAUAUAGAAGCUUUCAAUUGUUCAAUGGUAGCUUCAGUAAUAUAUUAGACUCUGAAAAAGAUCCAACAAAGCUAAGAUACAAAUUGGACCACUUCUUUGCUAAGUACUUGAUAAAGUUAAAGCCACAACAUGCUGAUAUCUUAGAUGUAUUCCAUGGUAUCCAAUUUUUACCCUUGGAUAAAAAGACCUUUCUUCAUGUUCAAACUCUUGUUAAUUUGCUGGAAUGCUCCUUCCCUAAAGUAAGGCAUACAGCAUUUCUCUACAAUGAUCAGCUUGUAUGGAGUGGCUUGGAACCUGACGAUAUGCAAGCAAUGUAUCGUUACCUCAUCACCAGCUUACUUCCUGCUCAGAUGGAGACAGAACUGCAAGGUGGACCAAUGCCUCGUCAAUCUGCAGCUUUUUCUGCACUGCAUUUUGGGAGCAGGUUUGUCUCUGGACCCUCUAAUCUGCAAGGCGAUGAUGUUGGUAAAAUACCUAAGGUCUACUUAAAGAAUGAUGACGGCCCAGUGAUUUGUCAUCUUGUAAUUUACCGGGCCCUUAAUGCAACUGUCUGCCUUUUUAUUGAUGAGGCAGUUUCUCUAGAAAUGGACUUCUUUCAGAGAUUAGAUAUUUUUCUGGGUCAUAGGCUCACAUCACUUGGAUCAGAAAUAGCUGAACAAUUUAAUCACAGUGUUGCAAGUGCUGCAUCUGCAGAAUCUGGAGCAAAAUUUGUGUACUUCAAUCAAUUAAACCGUGCUCAAAAGAGCACUAUACAUUUAGAUAACAGGAAAAGUGGUAACAUAUCAGUACCUGUAGAUGUUCUUAGAAUAUUAGCUGAUGUAAAUGCAGAUUUUAUGGAAAGGAAGCCAACCACAGGUGAAACAAUUGUUAAAACAAUGAAUGACUUUUGGGUUGUGGGAAAGUUAUCCAAUCUACGUGAAUUUUAUGUUGUCAUCCACCACAAAAAUGCCAACCUUAUUGAAAUUAAUGAGGAAGUUAAGAAACUCUGUGAUAGUCAGUUCAAGAGCAUCUUCUUUAAUGAGUAAGGAUUUGAUCUGGCAAUGGUAGUUUUUAUAUGUAUGUAUAUCAAUUUUAUUUUGUUUCCCAGUAUUGGAAAGACAUUCCAAUCCAAUCAUUGUUAAUUUUAUUGUCUAAUCUGUGAUUGUUUCUUUGUAUAAAUGCUUUCAAACUU